AUGCGGGCCUUUCGCGAGGGCGCGAUGGAUGGGGCGGCCGGGUCCCCCAGCCGGGGCCGAGUUCCUGGGCGAUUUCCGGAGUUAGACGGGCGCACCGACGGCAGCAUUCGCGUCGAGGAGCGAAGUGACAUGGGCGAGCGGUACCUCGUCGACAUGACGACUGGAGAGAAAAUCAUCCCAGGAUCACGCAGGCCAGACGGCACGUACAGAAAGGAAAUCCGCGUCCGCGCAGGAUACAUCCCGCUGGAUGAACGCCGGACGUUCCAAACGCGACAGCAACUGUCUCGGAGCGAGCGGCAAGUGCCCGGAGCUGGAAGCAUCCCAGGGUUGGCUGCCUCGACUUUCCCUCCCGGAUACUCGCCGGCCGCGUCGUCGCCGGGUUUAAACGGCAAGCGCGGCGGAGGCGCUCCGGCGUCGACUCGCCAGAAAAACAAAGGCGAGGAAAAGGAGAGAGGCAUCAAGUCUGCAGGGUCUAGCGCGAAGGAGAAACGCCCUGGAGGCUCUGACGCACACAAAGUAACCAGUGAAGCCGACGAACUCUGCCAAGGCAUGCAGAAUUUGAGCGUGGCAGGCGACCAGGAAGAGAAGGAAGCGCCGCAAGUGUCAGAAAGUGAAAGUCUAAAGAAACGAGUGAGGAACCUGAAGAAGAAGCUGAAGGAAAUUGAGGCGCUCCAACAGAAAGUGGACGGCGGCCAGACUCUCGGCGCCGAACAGUCGAGUAAGCUGCAGCGGAGGAAGGAGCUCGAUGCAGAGGUGUCUGACCUAGAGCGUCGCCUGGCAGAAUUGGAGAAAAAUUAA